AUGAAGAUCGAUUUCGCGCCUCCUGACGUCCCCCUGAGCCGCAGGCUGCAGACGGCGGCCGUGAUGCAGUGGGUCUUCUCCUUCCUGGCGCUCGCGCCGUGCUGCAUCUUGCUCUUCUUCGUCCUCCUCUUCACCCGGUUCUGGUUGGUCAGCGUGCUCUACGCCGGCUGGUGGUUCGUGGACUGGGACACGCCCUCGCGCGGCGGGCGGAGGGUGAACUUCCUGUGCAACCUGUCGGUCUGGUACCACAUGAGGGACUACUUUCCUGUUCGGCUGGUGAAGACGGUGGAUCUGGACUCGCGGAAGAACUACAUAUUCGGGUUCCACCCCCACGGCAUCCUGGUGGCAGGAGCCUUCACCAACUUCUGCACCCUGUCGACGGGCUUCUCCACGCUGUAUCCCGGCCUCACCCCCUACCUCCUCAUGCUGCCCCUGUGGUUCAGGGCCCCCUUCUUCAGGGAUUACAUCAUGUUUGCAGGUCUGGUCCCGUCGGACAAAGAGACCGCCAGCUACGUCCUGCAGCAGCCGGAGGGGGGGAAAGUGGUUGUCAUCGCCGUGGGCGGGGCUCCGGAGGCCCUGGACGCCCGCCCUGGCGCGUACACCCUGCUGCUGGCCAAUAAGAAGGGCUUCGUCAAACUGGCGAUGGAGCACGGGACCCCGCUGGUGCCGGUCUUCUCCUUCGGGGAGAACGAGGUGUUCAACCAGGUGGACAACCCCCGGGGCACCUGGCUGCGCUGGGUCCAGGAGCGGCUGCAGAGGAUCAUGGGAAUCUCGCUGCCCCUGUUCCACGCCCGGGGAGUGUUCCAGUACAGCUUUGGGCUCAUGCCUUUCCGGAAGCCCAUCCACACCGUGGUGGGGAAGCCCAUCCCGGUGGAGAGGAAGGAGAGGCCGUCGGACGAGGAGCUGAACGAGCUUCACGAGCGCUACAUGAGCGAGCUCAGCGAGCUGUUCGAGGAGCACAAGGGCCACUACGGCGUCCCUGAGGACAAGCACCUCACCUUCGUCUGAGAGCCCGCCCACCCUCUUCCUCCUCUUCCUCCGCCACCACCGAGGCCCAGAGACAUGAGGGACCAGCGUCACGGUGUUCCAGACCAGUGGCACAUCCCCU